CGAACUGCUAUUACCAUGGAAUGGUGCAGGGACACAUCUAUUCUGACGUCACCCUCAGUACCUGCUCAGGUCUCAGUGGCUUCAUCUCACUAGAAAACAGAUCCUACGUGUUGGAGCCGUCAACUGAUCCCUCCAGUGGAUCCCACAGGAUCUACCGGUCAGAACAGCUCAACCUCACACCUGGCUCGUGUGGCCAUGGCUUCAACAUAUCUCUGGUUCAUGGAGACACCCAGAACAGCCAAUCAGACAGCCCCUUCGGAGCCUUCAGCACCAGG